UUUUCCUCAUCUCCUAUAAAACAACACAACACAACCCCAAAAUCCAAAACAGCCUAAAACCACUUUUCUUCACUCUCACACACUUACUCUCAAAUCCCAUCCAUCAAUGGCGGCUUCGUUGCUUCUCUCUCUUAUCUUUCUCAUCUCAACACUUUCCCUCUUAGCUUCAUCUUCAUCACCAUCCAAAGCUACUCCCAACCCCACAACCUUCACCAUUCCUCUCACACCCAUCUUCACAAAACACCCAUCUUCAGAUCCAAUCAAGACUCUCAAUUCCUUAGCCUCUGCUUCUCUAACCAGAGCUCACCACCUCAAACACCCAAAAUCAAAAUCCCCACUUGCCAAAACCAAAGUCUUUCCUCACAGCUAUGGAGGCUACUCAAUCUCUCUCAGCUUUGGCACACCCCCACAAACCAUUCCUUUUCUCUUAGACACUGGCAGUAGCCUCGUUUGGUUUCCCUGUACCUCACGAUAUCUCUGCACCGACUGCAAUUUCCCCAACGUAGACCCAUCAAAAAUCCCAUCUUUCAUUCCAAAACUAUCAUCUUCUUCCAAAAUCAUCGGCUGCAAAAACCCCAAAUGUGGUUGGAUUUCAGGCCCAAAUGUCGUGUCUCGCUGCCAAGACUGUACUAACUCAGAAAACUGUACCCAAGCUUGCCCUCCGUAUUUGGUUCAAUACGGUUCAGGCUCAACUCUUGGGCUAUCACUUUCCGAGACCCUCAAUUUUCCUGAGAAACUUUUCACUGAUUUUCUCGUUGGGUGCUCCAUUUUCUCGACUCGACAACCUGCUGGCAUUGCCGGGUUUGGUCGGAGCCCAGAAUCUUUACCUUCCCAAUUGGGUCUCAGUAAAUUCUCAUACUGCUUAAUUUCUCGCAGCCUCGACGAUACAUCAGAGAGCGGUGACCUCGUUUUGUACGGUGGGUCUAGUUCCGAUUCCAAAACCAGUGGCCUGAGCUACACACCGUUUAGGAAAAACCCAGUGUCCAACAACUCAGCUUUUCUCGAGUACUAUUACCUUAACCUUCGUAAAGUCAUUGUGGGCGGUAAGUCAGUCAAUAUUCCGUACAAGUACUUGGUUCCUGACAGUAACGGUAACGGUGGCACUAUCGUGGACUCUGGUACCACCCUCACCUUCAUGGAAAAGCCAGUAUUUGACGCCGUGGUAACGGCGUUCAAGACCCAAAUGGGUAAUUUGCCUAGAGCUGCUGACGUGGAAGCAAAAUCUGGCUUGGGGCCUUGUUAUAAUCUCGCUGGGGUAAAAUUAGAGAAGGUUAAAUUUCCAGAUUUAACCUUUCACUUUAAAGGUGGAGCAAAGUUGGAAUUACCAGUGGUAAAUUAUUUUGCAUUUGCUGGUAAUUCUAGUGUGGUGUGCUUGACUAUUGUGACAGACGGUGGAUUUGGUCCAGGACUAACAGUCGGUCCAGCUAUAAUUUUGGGGAAUUUUCAGCAGCAGAAUUUAUAUGUGGAGUAUGAUUUGGAAAAUGAGAGAUUUGGAUUUAGGCAACAAAGCUGUAACAAGUGAGCUGGACUAAGCUCAAAUUAUAGGUAAAAGUUGGUACUAGUUGAAAAUAAUGCUGCCAAAAAGGAUUGGUCAUUAUUGGGUAUGGGCACGUUAUGCAUGUGAAGGUUGCUGAGGAAUGAGAGGCAAAGAUAAUGCUGGGUGGUGAUGACAUCAAAGCCAUUUUUGCUUACAGUGCCUAUUGGGGUUGUAGUCAAAUUUACUGUGUUUUUUUUUUUUAAUUUAAUAUUCUUAUGAUGAUCGUUCAGAUAGUAAAAUAAUGUUAUGUUUUAGGAUGAUGAUAUCAUUGAUAUCUCUUUCAUAAUAAUUUAUCAAAAGAUGUUGACAUUUUUUGAAUGAUGUCUUGUGGAAUUUUUUCAAAAUUUUCUAUUCAGAUCUAAUUAUAAUUAUUAGCCGUUAUAUGUUUUAA